AUGGAGCAAGAAUCCCCAAAGCCAUUAGCAGAGGGACCUUCAAGUCAGGAAUCCGAUACGACCGCGACUGACGAGCUUGCGAGACCUGUCGAAGAGCCGAUAUCGGUGAACUCGGCCUUGAGUCGUCCAAGAGACGACAAUGGAGUCCAAGUUACCGGCACUGAUUCCAAGAAACCUUCCAGAGAGCCGAUAUCAGUGGACUCGGUUCCAGGUCAAUCGAGCGACAACAAUGGAACGCAAAAAACCGGCAGUGAUUCGUCCGAGUCCGAGAAGCUCCUUCAAGACUCAUUGCAACCAGACUAUCCAUGGGUACCCGGCUUCUGGCAAAGGCUACCCUGGGCAGCGACUAUGGCGCUAAUUCUAGCCAUUCUGUGUGGUGCAGCAUGUAUAGCCGUUCUCAUGGUGUCGGACAAGCAAGAAGUCGAAGGCUGGAGUCCCCGGCCCUCAGUCUGGCUAGCUAUAUUUUCCGCGCUCGCAAAUGCUUCCUUACGGUUUGCACUAUCUGAAGGAGUGUGCAUUGCAUGGUGGCGCCGUGCCUCGAUGCCAGGGACGCUCGGCGACCUUCACCGGUCCUGGAUCGCUGGCGUGAGCCUCAAGGCUGCGUGCUGGUCGGUCCACCGGUUGAAUCUCGUGGCCCUAGCCAGUAUCAUCUUGGCUGUAGUUGCGGUCGACGGCCCCCUCCUUCAACGAGCGUCGUCGACUAAACUUGCGCAGAUCUCUUCCACAACAUCUCUGAAUAUGACGUUGGCAAAAGAGCUUCCCUUUGGAUAUACCGGCAUGGACUAUGUCGGCGACAAUGCACCCAAGAACAAUCGGGCGAUUCUGACGCCUUGGUUCCUGCAUCAGUUCCUGGCGUAUAACCAACGCAGCCCGAUACUAGCAAGUCCGGACCUUGGCUGUAGAGGAAUCUGCAUCGGGGAAAUCGAAGGAGCCGGGCUCUGGAGGAAUUGUACUGAGAGUUCAGAGACCUUCAGCUGGCCAGAGGACUACGGAUCUGGCGGCAACGGUUCUUCUUCGAGAAGAAUUUUCGGCGUCGACUGGGAGCUUGUGACAAAGUACCCGGCCUUCAAUUUCCUCGACUAUGGGUAUACCCCCGUAGCCGAUGGGAGGGACGACGUAAUCGCACCUGAUGAGGCCUAUAUCAGACUCAACAUGACAUACUCGCCCCUUCCAGCCAUUGGGGGUGAUGGUGUGAUAAGGCACACCCUUGUCCACAAGACCUGUACUCUGUAUUCUGCCACCAGCCGGUACUCGAUUCGAGUCCAAAACGACACAGACACCUUGACAACCAAUAAUUCGAGUUCUAGGAAUGGAAUCAUCACGCUAGAGGGUGCGGUCACUCCUAUUCAAGGCUCGGUCCAGAAUCUGCGCAGAUCGGUCGCUCAAACAGGGCUGAACAUGUCCAUCCAACGCGAAAGCGUAGCCUCCGAUCCCGCCACCAAUUCAAUGCGCGACCUUUCCUUGGUCGUGUCUCUCCCUGUGACUUACUUCGCUGGUCCGCAGUGCUAUCAGAACAUCAAUUGUCCACUAUACACCACACUGGGAGGUCUGCACUCUGCCGCCCAAGACACGCUCGCCGCUAACGUAACUGCGAUGCUCGGCUUCAAUAACGGGCUGCUCCUAAGCAUCUCUGGGCCGCUGACCAACCAAAUGAUGCUCUCAACAAAGACCUCCGGCAUCGACGGGCUAGACCCUUUCGACGCAAGCACAGGCUGGGCCGAUCCGUCGGCCGUGAUAUUUUCGACGCUCGACGAGGUCAUGUUUCGCACCGCGUUGGCAACGGCGCACGUCGACGCCCUGCAGAACGUCACAUGGUACUACAAGGACCUGGAGCGAGGAAUGACGGCAGACGCACCCACCCGCAACCAGACGACACAAUACGAGGCGUACCCGCAGCCGCAGAUCGUCUCGAUGCAGCAGACCCGGACCAUCCAAGUCUACGACUCCAACUACGGCUCCCUUGCCGGUGGUCUGGCCGUCAUGUUCGUCUCUGUUAUUGUCAUCUUGCCCCUGUUCAAUGGCUUCUGGCUGAUAGGGCGUGGUGUCUCGCUGUCGCCCCUGGAGAUUGCAAACGCAUUCGGCGCACCAAUUCUUGCAAGGGCGAAUUCCAACAUGCCAGCUGCGGUGAUUGUCGAAGUCCUGGGCGAUAUCCCAGCUCGGUAUGGCGAGGUCCAAACCAAAACUGGACUUCGGCGGCGAAAGUUGCAGUUUGUUGAGGGAGGUGCGGUGGGUGAUCCUCGAUCUGGGAAUACUUAUGACUGA